UUUCCUUAAAGAAAAGAUUAUUUAUAACUAAAGCAGAUUUUUGAUGUACCAAUAUCUCGCAGCUAUGGUAAGUAUAUUAUUACAAGAUAAGUUAAAGAUUUUCAGUGUAUAAACGAAGAAAGAAACCAAGAACUAAGCUAGAUUUGCUUUUCUUUAUGAUUAGUUCCAACUCUUUGAAAAACACGGCGUGGGGAUGCAGGCCUGUGUUGUUCAGAGACAUCGAAAAUUUAUCCAGAUCCCGUACAUUGUCCUUGGGAAGUUUGAAACUAAAGUGUAAAUGCAUUUGCACUGGAACCAGAACACACAAGCAUUUAGAUUCUAAGGCUAGUGGUGUUUUAAACUUUUUGAGGUUCUUGUAAACUAAGAGAAAUCAUACUUGGUCGGCUUCAAUGACUAUUAUGUAUUACGAGAACAUUGAACUAUCUUCUAGCACUCUCUGGAGUAAGGCUGCAGUUCUUGGGACAUCACUCUACAAGUAACUAGAACAAAGAGCAAACUAAAAAAUAAGAACUAUGGCAUCAUUUUUGUCAGCAUUUGACCAAAAAAAAAGAACUAUGGCAUCAUCUUUUAAAUCACACAAUGCCAAGCUCGAAUCAAAUAGGUCCCUAGUGUGCUACUGCACCAUUACAUCCUUUGUUAGUUUACGUCCAUUGAUGAACAUAGAAUUGGAUAAUAAUGACAUCAUCUACAUCACGUCACGUCAACAAAAUAGCUGAACAAAGGAUUAAGUUCCAUUGCAGUUCUCUGUUAUUGUAGCCAAAUACUCAAAUCAUUACUAAAACUAGCUAAGGGAAAACAUUAUAACAAAUGCUAGAAAAUUUUGCAAUCUGAUCAAAACAAAAGAAUGUUCCUUUACCUUCAGUAGAAGAGCAAGUUUCUGGUCAGAAGCUGGCAUAACCACAACGCAAAAGGGAGACCUUGAAGCCUUCAAGCUAUUGCUCAUCUUAAACCCCUCACUAGCUCUUAAGUCACAAUACCUUCUGUGACAUGAAAACUUUAUAAUAUAUACAUUAUGUAACAAAAUCCACAUUUACUAUUUCUUUUUAAAUGCUGAAAGUUAUUCCCUAUCUUAAAUAUCUAAAAUUGAAUAUUACAUAUUUUGUAUAUUUAACUAUGUAUUCAAUACGUACAACCCUAGUAGCUAUAUUUUCUCUCACGCGGCCGCACCUUAUAGCUUCGUUCUCUCCAAUUCUUUGUCCAGACAAAAUCUCUUUGAAUAUUCUUCCUCUCUGUUUGAGUUAUCUUGAAAAAUGUUUUCCCGCAUAUCCAGGCGCAUCCCAUUUCAAAAUCUGAACCGUACUUCGGUGCUUCAUAGGGCACAACCGUUACUAACCAAGCCAGCAGCACCCUCCACGGCCUUCUUCUCUUCUCAGAGAUCUCUGAAAACACGCCUCAGAGAAGGAGAAAAUCUUUAUGGGCUAUUUCUCCUUUCAUUCUCGCCGGAGAUGGCUGAGAUUGCUUCAUAUGCCGGUUAUGACUUCAUCGUCGUGGACAUGGAGCACGGUGCCGGCGGAGUUCGAGAGGCGCUCAACUGUAUACGCGCUGUUGAGGCAGCAGGAUCUUCCACCGUGCUCCGUGUUCCAGAUAAUUGUCAAGCAUGGACCAAGAAGGCUCUGGAUCUUGGCCCUGACGGCAUUAUGUUUCCCAUGAUCGAGACUGGUAAAGCAGCUUCGGAUGCUGUCUCGUACUGCCGGUAUCGCCCUGACGGACUCCGCGGCUGUGCUUACUCGAUUGUGAGAGAUUCCAAGUUCGGGUUCGACGAAGAGUAUUUACGUAAUUACACCGAUCAGCUACUGAUCAUGUGCCAGAUAGAAUCCGAGGAAGGUGUGAAGAACGUGAAGGACAUUGUCGCCGUUGAUGGGAUGGAUUGCGUGAUGAUGGGGCCGAGGGAUCUGAGCGCGAGCUUGGGGCUACUCCAUGACCCAGGAAAUGCGAAGGUGAAGUCCCUCAUGAGGACGGCUGAGACGGCGGUGAUAGCUUCCGAUCCGGAGAAUGGUGGAGCUUACUUGGCCGGGAUGGCCACGGCUCAGGACAAACCGGUGGAUCUCAGGUUACGUGGAUAUCACAUGAUAAUUGGAGCUACUGACGUGCCUUUGUUUAAGAAGGCAGUGGUUGAUGACGUCAAGAGUUUUAAGUUUGGAUGUUCGUAAAAAAAAAAUAGAUUAUUGCAUAGACUUCAAUAUGAUACCUAUUUAUGGUAUCUAAAAUUCAAAUUCAAAGAUAUUUCAGUUGACAAAUAUAAAUAUAUAAUUAUAGUUAUGAUUACACUUUGAUUUUAGCUGAGAUUGUAACUAAUUACGUUAAUAACAUUGAAUUUCAAUAUGAUACAAAGAUUUUUGGAUUUCACUGAUUGGAUUCGACAUAUCUUAAGCUAUAAACUACGAUCUGCUUAUUAACAUUUUGAAUCUUUGUAUCUAAUUGAUUGAUUAACCUUCUUGCUGUUGAGUUUUUGAUUCUCUUAAACAAGACCAUUGCCACGACCAGAGAUGUAUUUCGCGGACUGUCUACUGAUGGAAAAAGAAGAGACAACUGACAUUUACAACAAUCGGUAAUUCGACUUCAGUCUCUGAAGAAGGACUGUAAGAUUAUCUUUUCCUUAAUAACUCAACAAGCAUUUAGACAGUCCUCUCUUGAGAUUUUCAAAUUUGGUUUUUGUUUCAUUAGCACGAUUUUGAGCUUCACAUUACUAAUUCUGAUAGUCUGUUGCAUCACUAAUUGCAGCAAGAUUUAGAGCUUCACAUUACUAAUUUAGUCAGCCGGUUUCAUUCCUUGCGGUUUCCGGUCUGUUGGUUUUCGGAUUUUCAAGUUUGAUCUUCUUAAUUA